AAACUAAUAUCACUACAAAACAACUGGUCAUAUUUUAUAUUCAAAUAAAAUUAACACCAAUGACCCAAAAAAAAAUAUAUAUAUAUUAUACAAAUAUAAAUCCCCCUUUGAUAUUUGCCUGCACGUCCCCAAAAAACAAGUAGUAGAGAAUAAUAAUAAUCGGACAUCAGAUUGGAUUAAAAACCCUCUCACUAAUCACCUUCUUAAUCACCCUCUCCCCCCACCUCCGGUUCUCAACUCAACCAGCAGAAAGAAAAAAAAAAAAAAACACAUCCUGUUACGGAGAAAUCGGAAUCAUGCACCGUAGAGGAGCAAUUCAAGAAUCAGACGACGAAGAAGAUGAGACAUACAACGACGUCGUUCCUGAAUCUCCUUCUUCUUGUGAAGACACGAAGAUCUCUAAACCAACUCCAAAGAAAAGUAGGAGGAACGUAGAGAAGAGAGUUGUCUCAGUUCCGAUAGCUGACGUGGAAGGAUCUAAGAGUAGAGGAGAAGUAUAUCCACCGUCCGAUUCAUGGGCCUGGAGAAAAUACGGACAAAAGCCGAUCAAAGGCUCGCCUUAUCCCAGGGGAUAUUACAGAUGUAGUAGUUCAAAAGGGUGUCCGGCGAGGAAGCAGGUGGAGAGAAGCCGUGUUGACCCUUCGAAGCUAAUGAUUACUUACGCCUGCGACCAUAACCACCCUUUCCCUUCCUCCGCCGCCAACAACAAAUCCCAUCACCACCGUUCCUCCGUCGUCCUCAAAACCGCCAAGAAAGAGGAAGAAUACGAAGAAGAAGAGGAGGAGGAGGAGGAACUAACCGUAGCCGCAACAGAGGAACCGCCGGUUGGAUUAGAUCUCAGCCACGUGGACUCUCCGUUGCUCUUAGGUGGCUGCUACAGCGAAAUCGGCGAGUUCGGUUGGUUCUACGACGCGUCCAUCUCAUCAUCGUCUGGUGGCUCUUCGAAUUUUCUCGACGUAACGCUAGAGAGAGGCUUUUCAGUUAGCGGAGAGGAAGAUGAGUCUCUGUUUGGUGAUCUUGGUGAUUUACCUGAUUGCGCCUCCGUUUUCCGCCGUGGGACUGUUUCCACGGAGGAGCAACAUCGGAGAUGCGAUUUUGGCGCCAUUCCUUUCUGUGAUAGUUCUAGAUGAGUUUGUGUCGUCUUGUGUGUAGCCAAAAGAAAUGAAAGAAACAAAUUUUUUUUUUUCCACUGUAAAGGUUGUAUCAAUGGUGGAUUCAUAUGAUUCAUUUAUAAAAAAAAUAAAAACCCAAAUAAUAAAAGUAAUAUCAUUUGAGA